AUGAGCGUUGUGAUCAUCCCCCACCACGUGUCGGAUCCCAUCGAUCGCAAGAUGCUGGGAGGUUACCAGGACGGAUACUCACGUCCUCGGGAUGGCUCUAGAUCGAGCUCCUCCAACACGACCCCCACCUCGACCGCCCCGCCAACCGUAGGCUCUGCUCGGCUUGCUGCGCAAUCCAACGAUGUCCCCGCCUACAUCAAUUCCCAAACUCCCACCUAUCACCCUCACUCUCACCCCCAAACCCCAGACUCCCACUUCCCUCCGCCGUCCAUGACCUCUCACUCUAGUUAUGGGAUUCAACCCGACCAUUCGUCUGCCUCCAACCCUCAACAUGCCUACGCCCACCAGUCCCAGCCGAGCCAUGCCUCAACCGACCAGGACAAUGACCACCCUAUGACCUCCGGCCCUUCGACCUACGCUCAAAACUCCCCCGAAUCCCCGCGAUUACACCCGACCUCCCGCUCCAUGCAAUCCGUACCUGGCUCCGAAGCCAACUCCCCGAGUCGGAUCCGUGUCCAGAGCUUGUCGCACAUCCAGAGUCUAGCCAGCGAAGACUUCCUCGCCCAGUCGCAGAGAUCACAUCUCCCCGGCCAUGGACUCCAACCGCGCAAAUAUGAGAUCAGCUCGAUGCCCGUCACUGAUAUCAUCGAGAUGGUCGCUGGCCUUCUCACCAAAAUUACCACCACCAACGAUAAACACCACGAGGAUAUCCAUCGCCACAUUCCACCUCCCGACGGGACAAGCAAUCUAAGUCCACAAGCGACCAGCGUUCUUGCCUUCCACGGCAAAAACGUUCCCAGCAUUACCAUCCUCAGCUAUCUCACCCGCAUACAUAAAUACUGCCCUACCACAUACGAGGUCUUCCUCAGUUUGCUGGUCUAUUUUGACCGUAUGACCGAGCUGGUCAACCAGGACCAGUCACAAAAUUGCUGGGAAGGCUCCUCGAUUGAACCAUCCGGAUCAUCCGACAGCCAACGUCAACGUCAACAACACCAACAUACACCGGAUCACGCGAUAGUAACCCCGCCAUCAUCCACGCGAAUGACCGCACAGGACCCAAAGAGUCCCAACUCCUCCAUAUCACCCGGUUUAUAUCCCCAAGGCGAAGACGGAAACCUCUCCCACUUUUUCGUCGUCGAUAGCUUUAAUAUUCAUCGACUGGUCAUCGCAGGCGUGACCUGCGCGAGUAAAUUUUUCUCCGACGUGUUCUAUACCAAUUCCCGAUAUGCAAAGGUACGUCAUUCAUCUCCACUCCAUCUCGGUAAAUGUUCAAUUCCACGCAAGGGACAUCCACUUAUUUUUUUUUCCGGAAUCAUGCAGGUCGGCGGCCUCCCAUUAGUAGAGCUGAAUCACCUUGAGCUCCAAUUCCUCCUGUUAAACGACUUCCGUCUCGCAAUCCCAGUUGAAGAACUGGAGGCCUACGGUACAAUGCUAGUAGAAUUCUACGCGCGGGAAGUUGUCGCGCAACAAGCCCAGGAGCGCGCGAUGGCCAUACCAAGAGCCAUCAACCCGUCCUCAGAUCCGCACUCAGAGGCCAUGUAUAUGCGCUCCUCCCGCGAUAAACGACAACCAGGUCUAGGGCAAACACCCACCCCGCCCUAA